GCAGCAGCAGCAUCGGUCCGCAGCAGGGAGCGGGGCUUGUAGUUGGGCUCGGCACGGCACGGCUCGGCCCGGGGACGCAGCUCGGCCCUUGUUGUCGUCAUCAUGGAGUUCCUGCUGGGGAACCCGUUCAGCACCGCGGUGGGACAGCGGAUCGAGUAUGCGACCAGCUCCAGCCUCCCGUCAGAAGACUGGGCCCUGAACAUGGACAUCUGUGACAUGAUCAACAGCUCAGAGGAAGGCCCCAGAGACGCCGUCAGAGCCAUAAAGAAAAGGAUCGUGGGGAAUAAGAACUUCAAGGAGGUCAUGCUGGCGCUGACUGUCCUGGAGACGUGUGUGAAGAACUGCGCCUACAGGUUCCACAUCCUGGUGACAACACGGGACUUUGUGGAGGGGGUCCUGGUGCGGGCCAUCAUCCCGAGGAACAACCCUCCGCUGAUCCUGCACGACAGAGUGCUCAGCAUCGUUCAGGCGUGGGCCGAUGCAUUCCGCAGCUCGCCCGACCUGACGGGCGUGGUGUCGGUGUAUGAAGACCUGCGCAGGAAAGGCCUCGAGUUCCCCAUGACAGAGCUGGAUGGUUAUUCCCCGGCUCAGCCUCCCAAACAGACUGUGCCUGGGAAUGGGCCGGCUGUCACUUCUCUGCCUGCUGCGCUGCUCUCUUCCAAACCGCCGCUCCACCCACCUCAGACCUGUGAGCUUAAAAAGGCUCUGGAGGGGACCAGUGCCUUCACUGCCUGCCAGGUGAAGAAGCUGAAGACGGAGCUGGGAGUGGUGCGAGGCAACCUGACCAUGAUGUCAGACAUGAUGAGUCAGCUGGAUCCCGUCACGGUGAAACAAGCCGACAUGGAGCUGCUGGAGCAGUUGUACACAGUUUGUAAGGACAUGCAGGACAGGAUAGUAAAGAUCGUCCCCCGGCUGAGUGAAGAGAAGCUGAUCGAAGAGCUGCUGGCAACAAACGAUGACAUGAACUCCGCCUUCACUCGCUACCACAGGUUUGAAAGACGCAUAACAAACGGUCAUGAUUCAACACAGAAGAGUCACAUGUACGUCAACCUGGAAGACCUGGAUUUGACGGCUGAGUCUCAGGAGUCGGGGGUGGCGUCAGCGACCAGCGACAGUCUGUCCAGUCAGUUGACUAAACUCAGUAUGAGUGAAUCAGAUGACACAUUAUCCAAAAUCAACAACUCAUCUCAACCAACACCAAGUGAGAGAGGUGAAGCUGCAGUGGACGGCCUGGCUCAAGCUCUGGACAACAGGCUCCUCAACCCUGGAACGAUUCCUCUCAGCCAGGCCAACGUCAUGGAUGAUGUUGAGAAAUGGUUAGAGUUGGACGAUGAGUACGAUGACUUUGAGGACUCUGAUGGUGUGACCAGUGAAGAGUUCGACAAGUUUCUGGCAGGCAGAGCUAAAGCAGCGGAGCGCCUGCCGUCAGUGAGGGCGUCCUCACAGGACACCUCCGAGUCCUAAACUGAACUGGAACCUGCCAAACUAACAACACUCAACACUCACCUGCUCCUGCGUCACCGGUGGAGGAACGGAGAUCUGUUUCAGAACCAAUAGUUCAAUGGCACACUGGAUACAUGGGGAAAUACAUCCCAUAAUUAAGGAAGGACUUUAUAACUGUGUACACUGCGAGUCACAGUGGAGAAAAUGUGUUUUCUUAAUUGGUGAAGUUAACAGUUAAUGAAGAGGAACAGAGGUUUUUACUUGACUACGAGUUCGUCCAUGUGUGGAAUGCAAACAUUUGCACAUUUUAUAAAGUUACAUUCCUGCUGUUGGAGGAGAGAGAGGAUUGUUGUUACAAAGGGGUUUUCUGUAACAUAGAUUAUGUAUUAUAUCGCUGAUAAAUAUAUAUGUAUAUUGUUGAAUAUAACGUGAAGGUUACUGAGAAGUCCCCCGUGUAAACGUGUGUGUAAGAGAAGCUCAGCUGUUGCAUUCAGGAUCCGUGUGAAGCUUCACAUCAUCGUUGAUGUAGGAUGAGAGUCAACUUGUUUUUUUUAACAUCCAAUUUUCCCCGGUUAAGAUAUUUUACGUGGAAGUUUAACUGGAACUUGUGACAGACGACUGUCAUAUAUUAAACUAAGUCUGUUAACUGGAA